CUGCUGAGCUCUCCGUGUAAAGCGUUGACAACUGUUGACAACCAUUCCGACGUUUCACGGCGAAUAAUUAUUACUAGUGGCCCAUUCAUUUGACUUCGCACUUCCUAGUUGACCGCUGAAUUAUUUUAUCACUCGCUCCGAGUCAUCAUUGGCAUACCACAAACUUGGUCGAGUUCCCGAAGUAUUAAUAUACCUAAUAGUCUUAACAGGAAAAUUCAGUACACAGCUUCCUACUUCAUUUAUCUACCAUUUACGAUGGAUGAAGUUGUACCAGGAGUUUGGAUUGGAGAUCUGCAGAGCGCUUUGGAUGUCAAGGGAUUGAAGGAGAAAAACAUCUUCAGCGUUUUAACAGCGAUGCGGGGCAAAGUUACCAUUCAUGCGAUAUUUAACAGAUACCAAGUCAACAUUGACGAUAGUGCAAAUGAAGAUGUCCUCGUGCACUUUUUGCCGUCGAUAUCAUUUAUCCAGAACGAGCUCGACAAGGGUCGUGGUGUACUCGUGCAUUGCAUGGCUGGAAUCAGCAGGAGCGCAACGAUUGUCGCAGCAUACCUCAUGUACUCGCUGAAGCUCGACCCGGAAAGCGCUGUAGACAUGAUAAGGACAGUGAGGCCCAUCGUUGAGCCAAAUGAAGGAUUUAUGGAACAACUUAAGGUGUUUCACCAAUCGUCAUACAAGUUCACGCGGCGUGAUAAGGCAACACGCAUGUUCUACCUGGAACGGACAAUGGAGGAGAUUAUGAAUGGAGAUGGGACAAUUCCAGACAAUGCAAUGUUCGCCAAGCAUCCCAGAACACCAUCAGAUUCUGUACCCAAUACACCGAUGAUCGUGCCAAGCCGUCGAAUACGAUGCAAGAUGUGCAGGCAAGAACUAGCGACGCGCGAGCACAUGCUCGAUCAUGGGCAACUAGGCCCACCGACGCCCGCUCUGCCCUCACUAUCACCCGCCACGUCGAGGCGCCCGUCUGCAAACGACCGCGGCACGUCAUCGCGGCGACCAUCCAUGAGCCUCGGUGCACGGGCGCUGAUGGAAUCGCUCUCAAUGUCAUCGCUUUCAAUGACAUCACUCUCAAUGUCAGCACUCGAUACGGAGGAUGAUCACGAGUCAGAUGAGCCAAAGAAUGGGCACACGGACGAUUUGUCUCCCCCUAGAGUUAACGUAAAGUCCUCGCGAUCAUCCUCAAUGUCAAUGGAAGGCCUCGGAAAGAACCUAUCGGAUGCACUCGAUGCAUCUGUCACUACCGAUGAAGGCCCAUCAACAGGGACGGCCACGCAAUCCGAGACGGUGCGUGUGCUGUCGUCUGUACAUGAGAGCCAGGAUACAUCGAAGACCGGCGGACCGCCGCAGCCUCCGUUGGACCUGGCAGCUGAGCUGCAUUCUCAUCCGAAACUCGCUGCGCUGCGCAUGCCUCCGUCGUUGAGUAUGACAGGGAUAAGAUCGCCAGUCAGUCCACCGAUCCUCAUGAAUCCCAAGUGUUCUGGGUAUUUUGUCGAACCAAUGAAAUGGAUGGAACCUUUUUUGGAGAGUGGCCAAUUAGCAGGCAAGAUUAUUUGCCCGAAGUGCAGUGCCAAGCUCGGCAACUAUGACUGGGCUGGCGUAUGCUGCAGCUGCAACAGUGAAUGGGUGACGCCAGGUUUUUGCAUACACCGAUCUAAAGUCGACGAGGUAGUAGUGGGUUGAACAGCGACGGAUCAAAUAUAACUUACUAUGCACGAGAUUUGAUGAUUCGAACUUGCUCA